UGUAAGCGCCUUCUUCCUCUGGGGGUGUAGUAUAGUGUGUACGGGCUGUCCUCAAAGCCUGGGAGUAUCGCUGGGGGUCCGCCAUGAGUAUGACACAGUCGUACAGCCAGCAACCGCUCACCUUUCUGGACGAGGACAUCGGCCUUUACGGAGCCGACACUCAGGGAGUAGGGGACUAUGAUCACUACGAGGACUUCACUCUGCCGAGUCAGAGUCAGGCCACGCAGUCAGUCCAGUCACAGGGACCUCCUGACACUGAUAAGCAGAGAGCAGCGAGUGAACUGAUGGCUGGACUCAGUCUCCAUGGCGACGAUUCUGACGAGGAGGAGGAGCCUCAGGAACUGCCGGAGCAUGCCUGCCGAUACUGUGGUAUUCAUGACUCAGCGGCCGUAGUGAUGUGCAACUCCACCAAGAAAUGGUUCUGUAAUGGCCGUGGAAAUACCUCGGGAAGCCACAUAGUACAGCACCUGGUGAGGUCUCGCUGUAAGGAGGUCACACUCCACAGGGAAGGUCCUCUCGGGGAGACAGUUCUGGAGUGCUACAACUGCGCCUGUCGCAACGUCUUCCUCCUCGGUUUCAUCUCCGCCAAGAGCGACUCCAUGGUGAUGUUGCUAUGCCGACACCCCUGUGUACAGCAGAAGAAUAGUCUCAAGGAGGAGUGGAACCCGUCGUCAUGGAUGCCGGUGAUCCAGGACAGGAGUUUCCUCAACUGGUUGGUGAAGCAGCCGUCCGACAAGGAGCAGGCCAGGGCCAGGCAGAUCUCUGCGGCCACCAUCAACAAACUAGAGGACCUCUGGAGGACGGUUCCAGAUGGGAACGCUGGCUGACCUGGAGAAGCCAGGGAUGGACGAGGAGCCUGAACACGUCAGCUUACGCUACGAGGAUGCCUACCGAUACCAGCACAUAUUUGGGCCUCUGGUGAAGCUGGAGGCAGACUACGACAAGAAUCUGAAAGAGAGCCAGACUCAAGAGAACAUUGAGGUCCGCUGGGACAUGACACUCAGCAAAAAGAGAGUCGCCUACUUCAAGUUUCCUCGUCAAGACGGAGACAUGAGGCUGAUGCCAGGAGACGAGCUGCAACUGAGGCUGGUCGUCAACGGACGAGAGGAGUGGAAAGCAAUGGGCCAUGUCACCAAGAUGCCCAGUGUUCACGACGAGGAGGUAAAACUGGAGAUGCGGUCCACUGCUCCAGUCCCUGACACCAGACACAACUACAGUGUCAACUUUGUCUGGAAGAGUACCUCGUUUGACCGCAUGCAGAAUGCCAUGAAGAUGUUUGCUGUGAAUGAGAACGCAGUGUCGCUCUACCUGUACCACAAGUUACUAGGUCAUGACAUUGAGGACCAGGUCAAUGAGAGUGUCUCCAUUCCUAAACAUUUGUCAGCCCCCAACCUACCAAAGUUGAACAGCUCGCAGCUGUCAGCCAUCAAGACCGUUCUCCAGCGACCGCUGGGACUCAUCCAAGGUCCUCCUGGUACUGGGAAGACUGUCACCUCUGCCUCACUCGUCUACCAUCUGGCAAAGAUGUACUCUACCAUGAACCAGCAGAUACUGGUGUGUGCCCCUAGCAACACUGCCGUGGAUCAGCUCACUGAGAAGAUUCACAAGACUGGGAUCAAGGUGGUGCGGCUGAGUGCCAAGUCCCGGGAAGCCAUAGAGAGCAGUGUCUCAUUCCUGGCCCUCCACAACCAGGUGGCUCAUUCCGGGACGGGCUACACAGAGCUGCACAAACUGCAGCAGCUAAAGGCCGAGGCUGGGGAGCUAUCAGCUGCUGACGAGAAGAGAAAUAGAACUCUGAAGAGACAGUGUGAGAGAGAAUUACUGCUGAAUGCUGAUGUCAUAUGCUGUACGUGUGUCGGAGCAGGUGAUCCGCGUCUUGCCAAAUUCAUCUUCAAGGCCGUCCUGAUUGACGAGUCAACUCAGGCGACAGAGCCGGAGUGUAUGGUGCCGAUAGUCCUGGGAGCAAAACAGGUUAUUCUGGUUGGAGACCACUGCCAGCUGGGGCCUGUCAUCAUGUGCAAGAAGGCAGCCAAUGCUGGACUAUCCCAAAGCCUGUUUGAGCGACUGGUAAAACUGGGUGUGAAGCCGAUAAGACUCAUCGUCCAGUACAGAAUGCACCCAUCUCUCUCAGUGUUUCCCUCCAACACAUUCUACGACGGAACUCUGCAGAAUGCCGUCUCUGCACACGAGAGAACCAUGCCUGGAAUGGAGUUUCCGUGGGUGAAGCCGGACUCUCCGAUGUUCUUCUGGUGUUCCCAGGGACAGGAGGAGAUCAGCUCCAGUGGCACCUCUUACCUCAACAGGAGUGAGGCGGUGAAUGUUGAGAAGGUGGUGACACGACUGAUGAAGAGUGGAAUCAAACCUCACCAGAUGGGAAUCAUCACCCCCUACGAGGGUCAAAGGGCAUACGUCGUCCAGUACAUGCAGUUCAACGGAACCAUGUCUCAGAGACUGUAUAUGGAGAUAGAGGUGGCGAGUGUGGAUGCAUUCCAGGGACGAGAGAAAGAUUUCAUCAUCCUCUCGUGUGUGAGAGCCAACGAACACCAGGGGAUCGGGUUUCUAAAUGAUGCCCGCCGUCUGAAUGUUGCCCUGACGAGGGCAAAGUACGGAGUUGUCAUCAUUGGGAAUGCUAAAGUUCUAACCAAGCACCCUCUAUGGAACAGCCUCAUCAGAGACUAUCAGGAGAGAGAUCUGUUGAUGGAAGGGGCAAAUCUGACUGCUCUUCGUAAGAAUGAGAUGCAUCUUCCAAAGCCCAGCAAACUGGCUCCUCGCAGGAACAUGGGACUGGUGGUGUCUGGAGGCCCUGCCCACUUCAGGCCUCGAGACCCUCCUCCACACACUGUCUAUGACCACUCCAUGAGAGACAGGCACUUCCCGAUGAUGCAGGAUGACUAUUAUCGCUCUCACGAUCACCUUGGUUACAUCGGAGGCAGCAGACACGCGGCUGCGGCUGCUCACAGCAUGUUUGUCCCCCCAGCCAUGUUCAACAUGCCCCUCCCUCCCCAGCAACACUAUGACAACCAGCCUCCACCACCGGCCCAGAGCAAGUCAGCAGCAGGAGGAGGAGGAGGAGGAGGGGGGAUAUCACAUGCUCUCAUCAACAGCCAGGCCAGCCAGGAUCCCAGUGGCUCACAGCCUCUCACUCAACCUCUCACCCAGCCAACUCUGUCCAUGACCCAGCCGACACAGCCACUCUCCCAGAGUGAACUAUCUCAGGAGAUGAUGGAUGACUUCAAGUCUCAAGAUGGGGCACUAUCUCAGGACCUACCUUACUCCAUAGACAAGAGACCAAUGCUGGACUAUGGCCACCCUCUCUACUACUGAGCUGGGAAAGAGGGGCCAGUGUUGGGGGCUUCAAUUCCACAGCAUGGAUUGCCGUGGAAACAGUUCAAGAAUGUGGAGCCAGAAAUGAACCUGAAAAUUGAGAAAAUGCUGUAGUGUAGUACUGUUAUGUGUUGCUGAAAGAUUAUAACCUCAUGCGCAAGUGUUUAUAAGCGCGCAUAUUUUCUGCAUGCGCUUAGUUGUGACGGUAGCACUAGCUAGAGAACAUGAAGAGACGGCGAGCGUCCCAGACGGUGUGCGACUCUAUGCUGUGUUCCCUGAUAGUCCUCGGUUCCCUGGCCUUCUCCCUCACCUACUACCGCAACGACCUGCGGCAGCUGCUGCGUAUGUUCUUCCUGACGGCCGUUCUAAUUGGAGCCCUCCUCGCUCUCCGCCACUCGCUGGGCCGCGCGAGGCGGCGACUGGGCAAGUGGCUGAGUCGAGCGAAGGAGGAAAGCAAGGAGACUGUGGUGGAAGAGAGACCUGAUCUUGACAGAGCAAGAGAGGAGGCACUGGCCAGAGCUCAGAGACUGCACGAUGAGAAGGCUGAAGACUAUGAGUCCAGAGUGGCAGGACCGAGGAGAGUGAGAAAGUUUGAGAAGAACGAGAGAAAGAGUAUAUAUUUCCGAGGAUUUGGAGCACAUGAAGGAAGAACUCUGGGCGAGGCUUCUGGUGGUGCAGGAGCUGGGUCAUGUGACCAGGGAGCUGAGUCACGUGAGGGUCAUGUGACCGAUGAUGAUGUCAUAGGUGAAGGAGACCGAUCAGGGAGGAAGGUGUGGCUGGCAGUACAGCUGCCCACCAGGACACUCCGCAGUCAGUUCCACAUCUCUCAGACCAUGAAGGUGGUGUACAGUUGGCUGGAGGAGGAGGGAGAGGUCUUACCUGGUCAGGUCCUCAUCACCCCUCACCCUCGUCAGCUCCUUGACGACAGGGGUCGCACCCUGGAGGAUUAUGGCAUCACCAUGGAUACCAAGCUCAUUCUGGAAGAACUAGAUGACUAA